AUGAUAUCUGGCGCAGCUCUCUGCUUAGUCGCAUUUCUUGCCUACAUAGCAUGGCGUAACUCACGGCGGUACACUUUGAAAGACAUCCGAGGGCCUCCUUCACACUCGUUCUGGCUAGGUAGCGAGAAAGUACAUCGAAAUACCUUACAAGUGGGGGACCUGGAGUUUCAAUGGGCUCGCGAAUACGGUCCAACUUGGAUGACUAAAGGAUGUUUAGGGGAGGAAGUUCUCUGGACCGCUGACCCCCGUGCUUUGCAAUACGUCUUUCAUACGUCUGGUUACAGGUACCCAAAGAGAACCAUUUCCAAUGAAAUUACGCGCCUCUUCACGGGGAAGAGUAUUUUAACCACGGAUGCCAUCGAUCAUCAAAGGCACAGAAAGAUCAUGAAUCCUGCUUUUGGUGCUUCCCAACUUCGGACGUUUUUGCCUGUUUUCCGCCGCUCGGCAGCUCGGCUCUCACAGAAAUGGAAAGACAUAAUUCAAUUAAGAGAAAAGUCUGAUGGAUGUACACUGAACAUCAAUGAGACUUUGUCGAGGAUGACCUUAGAUGUCAUCGGCGAAGUCGCUUUCGACCACCGCUUCGGAGUUCUCAACGACAAUGGGUCAGAUAACGAGUUGGUGCAGGCCUUUAACAAUUUGUUCCUCGAUACGCUGUUGAACCCAUCUUCAUGGGAUAUCAUCUUCAAGUCAACCUGGAGAUUCCUUCCUCAACCGAUUCUGAACUGCUUGAAGUAUUUGCCUUCCAAAGAGAAUCGCCGCUUCGCGACAUUCCUGCAAACAGCCAUUCAAACAGGAAAGGCCAUCGUCAAUGAACAGGCGGCUGGCACCGAAAAAGGCAGCAAGGACAUCAUCAGCAUCCUCGUACAGUCCAACCGUAUGGAAGAUGCACGAUCUCAGCUGAGUGAAACAGAAAUACUGUCGCAAAUAGCCACCCUUCUGGUCGCUGGUCAUGAUACUACCGCCUCAACUCUCACAUGGCUGCUAUAUGAACUCUCGAAGCACCCGGAGGAUCAGCAGCGCAUCCGUGACGAGAUUAAAGUGGCAAGAGCGAAUGUGGAAGCUCGUGGCGAUGAUGAUUUGCUGCCUGGCGAUUUCAAUAAUAUGGCUUUCACCAAUGCUAUUAUUAAAGAGGGACUCAGGCUGCAUCCGAUAGUUCCUACCUUGGUUCGGGAAGCAGAUUCGGACGAUGUUAUACCGCUUGCUCAGCCAAUUGAGACCAAGUCGGGAAAGAUCAUCAAUGAAAUACCCAUCUCGAAAGGCCAAGGCAUCACAGCAUCCAUUUGUACUUACAACAGGCUCAAAAGCGUUUGGGGAGAAGAUGCGGACGAGUGGAACCCAAACCGUUUCCUGGACGACGCUAGGGAAAGGUCAUCUUUGGGAGUUUUCGCCAAUCUGUGCGUAUUCAACACGGCUGGUCUACGUGCUUGCAUCGGACUUCUUGAGAUGCAAGCCGUGCUCGUGGAGCUUGUCGAGAAUUUCGAGUACCAGUUCCCCGAAGGUGUCGAGGUCAUUCGAUUGAAUGCUGGACUCAUGGCCCCUAUGAUUGAGGGCAAGAUGCAUGAAGGUAUCCAGAUGCCCUUGGAAGUCACCCUCAUCUCGUAA